AUGAUUGACAUCAUUAAUUUUAUUGAAAAAAUAAUAUCAAUUGGUCAACAGGUCAAUACCUAUUUCGAGAAUGAUAGAGAAGCCUUUGAAAGACUCAAUAAGUUGAAAGAUAUUCUAGAACAGCUUAAGAAACUUUUAGAAACCAUUAAUGAUAAAGUUGACAAAGUCUAUAUAGUUGGCAUCAAGGAUACCGUUGAACGAGCCAAAAAAAUCUAUGAUAAGUGCUUAAAAGAUUAUAAAACAAAUGAAGAUCAAAGCAAAUUUAAAAUCAUAAAGCAGGGCAUAAGAAUACUUAAAUCAUCCUCUACCUUGGCUAACAUCCAAAAAACCAUUGAAGAGAUCCAGUCUAGGCUUGAUUUACUCGAUAAGAUUUUUAACAUCAUACAGAAUGCUCAAACUUCAACAGCACCAACGAUUAAAUCACCUACCAUUUCAACCUCGACAUCUACUAGCACUCUAGGAUCAGAACUGAGGGAAGCUCUCGCCAUUACUAUUGAAGGAUUUGUGAAAAGACUCCAGAAUGACUGUCAGGUACUUCAGGAAAAGCUUAAUCGCUAUACCCUUUCCGUUGACUCUUCUUUUCUUAAUGGCCUAGGAAGAGACAAUCCGGAAGCAAUUGCAUUCUGGAAAGAUCGUUUUUUCAGACCUGAAGAACUCAGUAUAUCAUCUGUUGUCCCGUAUGAGAAUGUUUACGUUUCCUGGGCUCGGUUUGUCCAUGAAAUUGAAACAACCUUUGAAAUAGAAGAUAUCCCAACUGCUGCCAUGAUUUCCAAGGUUUCCAAAGCUUCCAAUGUAAGCAAUAAAAAGGGUAGCGAAAAAUUUAGUAUUUCAUACAGAACAAUUUAUUUGAAGGAUAUUAGACCACUUUGGCUUCCGGCCCUACGCGAAGCAUUGGAUCCGUUGCACAGAGGUUACAUUAAACCACACGACUAUUUGUCUUUCCUUGGUAAAAAAGUAUUGUCCAAAAAGUUAAAACAGGUCGUUCUCGAUAGUUGUGGGUAUGGAACGUUUAUAGAGUGCCAGAGAAAACCAAGUGAUAUCACGCUUCCGAGUGAAUUAGAGAGUCCUCGUGAUCAUGUUGGCUGGAUGUCUGCUUGCCAAAUCGUUUCAGUACCUUCAUUGAAUGAACUUGGAAUAUUCAUACAAGAUGGAUGCCAGUCGAAUAUAGGUAACCUUAUUGAAAACUUUACAGAAUAUCCUAACAUAUGGGUAUACGUUCGCUAUCUUCAAACUGGCCAAAUUGAGAGAAAGCACAUAAAAGAUAUACGAAUGCUCGGUGGACUCCGUAUUGGAGCUUCGAUAUCUAUUCGUAGCACAUUAAGAGAUGGCACAAAUGCUUGGAGUGGUAACCUUUCGGUCAUUGAGCUCAAAGCUUAUGCUGGUGGACGCUAUACUGUAACAGCUAUAAAGGCCGGGGAAGAGAAUAGUAAUAUUGUAUUUAUGACAAUACCGCCAGUUGGCUUUGAUGAUUUUGUGAUACAGACCGGUCAACACGAAGAUUUAAAAGACUUACAGGAAUUUGAAUAUAGUCUUCUAGGGCCUUCAACAGUAUUUACGCAAAAACCUAAACUUGGAGAGAAAAUUCAGAUUUAUGUAGAUGGGUUAUGGCAUGAUGUCAAAGUUACCAAAGUCUGCGAUAAAGAUGUGGAAUAUGUGAAUUGGUCUUCGGAAGACGUCAUUCCUGCGGAAGAUACCGAAAAUGUUGAAGAUUCAGAGGAUAUACUUGGUUUCACGGAGGAUGCUCUAAUAGGAUUAGAAAAAGGUGAAAAAAGAACCUGGUGCCCGUGGGAAGAAGAAAUAAACACAUGGGACAUUAGACCUUAUCGUUGUCUCCAUAUUGGUGAUCUUGUUGAAGCACCUGUGGUAUAUCCAGAUUAUAAUUAUUGUUAUCAUAGUCUUGAGAAGUCGCAAUUAUAUCUUCUGGCCCGUAUUAUUGAAGUUGAAGAAGAUCGAUAUCUAGUUGAGUUCAGUCCUGCCGUCAUUGCUUACAAAUGGUGGCCUGGCCGUUCUUCAAAUCCAGACAAGUUUCCGCAUCAACGAGGGGAUAAGGAAACUAUCGAAAACCGGUUUAAGGGUACAAAAGUCUGGGUGAGCAUGGAUCGAGUUCGUCCUUACCUUGGAGCUGACCCGCACCCUGUUUUGGGUAUAUCAUCGAUGAGACCGCAUAGUUGGUCAGCAUUUCAAGGAGUUCAGUUCACGGACCUACAACAAUUUAGCGAAGAUUUCUUGUGGAAGUAA